AUGUCACAGCGAGUUUCUCAAAUUGCUAGCCACUUGUCUGGUCCUGCCCCUCUCCUCAAGGGCCAGGUCGCCAUCAUCACCGGCGCCGGUCAGGGUAUCGGCGCAGCUACUGCCAAGCUCUUUGCUAGCCAUGGCGCCCACGUCGUCGUUUCCGACCUGGACGCCAAGAAGUCCGAGGAUGUGGUUUCCCAAAUCAACAAGGCCGGCGGCUCUGCCAUCGCCCUCGCUGGUAACGUCAUGGACAAGGACUUUGGCGAGCGUGUCGUCAAGGCUGCCGUCGACAAGUGGGGCAAGCUCAACAUCAUUGUUAACAACGCCGGAUUCACCGCCGACAAGAUGGCCCACACCACCGACGAUGCCACCUUCCAGCUCAUGCUCGACUGCCACAUUACCGCUCCCUUCCGCAUCAUCCGUGCUGCUGCCCCGUACUUCCGCAUCAAGGACGAGAGCAAGCGCGAAAACAUGGCCAUUGUCAACGUCUCAUCCACCUCAGGCACGCAUGGUAAUGUCGGCCAGGUCAACUACUCGGCGGCCAAGUCCGGCGUGUUGGGUCUGACCAAGACCAUGUGCAAGGAAUGGGGUCCGUUUGGUGUGCGUGUCAACUGCGUCGCUUUUGGCUGGAUCAACACGCGUCUCACCCAGGCCAAGGAGGCCGGCGCCUCCAUCGAGAUCGACGGCAAGAAGAUCGCACUCGGUAUUCCAGGUCGUCCCGCUGCUGGUGAUGACAAGCAGAAUGCCGUCACUGCUGUCGCCGACAUUCCUUUGCGCAGGCCUGGUGACGCUGAGGAGGCGGCUGCUUCCAUCCUCUUCCUGGCCAGCCCUCUCGCUUCGUAUGUUUCCGGUCAGAUCCUUGAGGUCACCGGUGGUCGAGGUAUCUAA